GGUAGAACGCGCUAGUUGCUCAGUAAACCUUGGACGUGCUGGAACUGAUUGCGCUAUCAUCGAUCCACACGAAAUUAGAAACGCGUCAACAAUCAAAAAUUAUUUCUAUUUAAUUUGUCAUUAAUUAGCAACAAAAUGACAAAAGUAGCGCCAAGAAUCAAGCUAAACAAUGGCGAGGAGAUGCCCGUGCUGGGCCUGGGCACCUGGAAAUCAUACGAAUCGGAAGCCUACCAGGCGACACGUGACGCCAUCGACAUUGGCUACAGACACAUAGACACCGCGUUUGUCUACGAGAACGAACAGGAGGUGGGCAAGGCGAUACGCGAGAAAAUAGCCGAGGGCGUGAUCAAGCGGGAGGAGCUGUUUGUGACAACCAAAUUGGGUGGCAUACACCACGAUCCGGAGAUUGUGGAGCGUGCAUUUAGAUUGAGUCUCAGCAACCUGGGUCUGGACUAUAUAGAUCUGUAUCUGAUGCAUUUGCCAAUUGGCCAAAAGUUUCACAACGACAACAAUGUGCAUGGCACACUGGAGCUGACCGAUGUCGAUUAUUUGGAUACAUGGCGUGAAAUGGAGAAACUUGUGGAUCUGGGACUUACCCGCAGCAUUGGCCUAUCCAAUUUCAAUGCGUCGCAAACGUUGCGCGUCCUGCAAAACUGUCGCAUCAAGCCCGUGGUCAACCAGGUGGAAUGCCAUCCGGCCUUCCAGCAGCAGCAGCUGCGCGAGCAUGCCCAGCAACAUGGACUCGUCAUCUGCGCCUACUGCCCGCUGGCACGCCCGCAGCCGGCGCGUCACUGGCCGCCAUUCCUGUACGAUGAGCGUGCGCAACAGCUGGCCAAGAAAUACGGCCGGACGACGGCACAGAUAUGUUUGCGUUAUCUGAUACAGAUUGGCGUCGUGCCGCUGCCAAAGUCGUCGAAUAAGGCGCGCAUUGCCGAAAAUUUUAAUGUAUUCGAUUUCGAGCUGCAGGAGGAGGAUAUGGUCGCCAUGGAGAAAUAUCACACGGGCGUGCGCACAGUGCCCUUUAGCGGCAUGUCUGGUCACAAAUAUUAUCCAUUUCACGAUCAAUUCUAGAGUUACGUUUCUUUAUUUAAGCAUUUAAAUAAGCUGGCUUAGUUAUUUUUAAUAAAAAAAAAACACACAAAACACAGGGUUGUAUUGCAAGAAGACUUUUGCUAAUCAGCUUGUAAAUGGGCACAUUUGAUAAAAGCCAAGUCUGCUGCGCAUCUUAUCUUGGGUAUCUUACGUAAAUGGGACUAGCAAAAUUAGAAGGUUGUCAAGUUUUUUUAGUAUUUGUUUCAUUUUGAGCGUGUAAAAAUAUAUAUGUACAUAUAGCCUGAAUGAUUGUGUUUAGAGAUAAAGUGUACAAGUUAACUAAUGCAACUGUUACGUUGACUUAUUUCUAUUCCCGGCGCAUUGAAAUCAUAUCUGCUAAAUGCUGUCAUGUUUGUCGCCGGGAUUUGAAGUGUCUGUCUUAUCAGUUGACGGAUUUUAUUGUGAAAUUAAAUAAAUGGUUGGGGGCGAAUGACCUUGAAGGCUAGCAAA